AUGGAUACCGAGCUGAAGCGGCAGGCAGCAGUGGAGACCGGACUUGCGUGCCACUUGAGACCACGGCGCGGUGAUCUGCCUCCACCGAGCCUUCCCGCUCGCCACGAAGACAAGGAGGUGUUCCGCUGCGUACUGCAUCGAUGCGUCCUUUGCAGCAGCGCACAAGCGUCUGAUGUGCAAACUGUAUGCCGCAGCAAGGCAGUCGCAGAUCAGACAGGUUUCCGCUUCCUCGCUGGAGAAUCCUUCGAGAGGAAAGCCGGAUGGGGCGAGUCCAGUGCUAGUGAACACGCAUCCGCAUCACCAGCCAGGAAUCUAUCGGAUUAG